AUGGGGUCGUCUUUUGAUGAUAAUGGAAAUUCACUACCGAAUGAAGGAACUCAAUUUGAAGAGAGUGUUGAUCGGUUGUUCGAUGAGGAUGAAGAUACAAGAUCACCAAUUAAAGAACAGAAAAAUCAACGUCGUGCAACUACUGGUACGAGGAGUAAUAGGUCAAAAGAUCAUUACACAGUUGAUGAAUUGAAUUCAACAAUUUCUCAUUGUAAGUAUUGCAAAACUUCUAUUAGUUGUCCUAGAAAAAGUGGAACAACUCCUUUGGCUAAUCAUACUAAAAGAUGCAAAAAAUAUCCUCCAAAUUUGGAUAUGAAGAAAAAGAAAAUUGAAUUUGAUAUUGCUAGAAGAGUCAAUGAGGAUGGUAGUGUUAAUAGUGUUGGUGUUCCAAAAUUAUGGGAAUUUGAUUAUGAUUUGUGUAGGAAAAAACUUGCUACAAUGCUUAUUGUGGUUGACUUGCCUUUUGCUUUUGUUGAACGUGAAGGAUUUCGUGUGUAUUCUAGGGCUUUGAAUCCUUUAUUUAAGAUUCCUUCUUGUAGCACUGCCACUAGAGAUUACACUUGGACAUCGGGGCAAAACUUAAGUUAUAUGUGUUUGAUUUCACUUUUUAUUGAUGAUAACUGGAAAUUGCAAAAGAAAAUCAUAAACUUUUGUCCUAUUGCUGGUUACAAGGGAAUACUUAUUGGCAUAGCUGUUGAAAAAUGUUUGAUUGAUUGGGGUUUGAAAAAUAUCAUGACAUUGACCGUAGACAAUGCAAGUUCAAAUGACAUAGCGGCCAAUUACCUUAAGAAAAGACUUAACAUUUGGGAUACUGGUUUGUUGGAGGGUCAAUACCAACAUAUGAGAUGUGCAUCACAUAUUUUGAAUUUGAUUGUGAAAGAUGGUUUGAAUGAAGUUGAUUUGUCUGUUUUGAAAGUUCGUGCUCUUGUGAAGUAUGAUGCAACUUUGAGAUUUUCUACUUCUCGUUAUGUAACUUGCAACUCUUAUGUACAUGAGAUUUUUGGGACUAGAUUAUUGCUUGCCAACAACAUGAGUGCCGAUGAUGAGGGUAUGAGGAAAAUGGCUACCAAUAUAAUGGCGAAAUAUGACAAAUAUUAUGGAAACAUUGAUAAUAUCAAUAUUUUAGUGUUUGUAGUUGUUCUCCUUGACCCUAGGCAUAAGUGGAAUUAUGUUGAUUGGAUUGUGCGUGCUUCAUAUGAUGCCACAAAAGCUACUUUCUUAUCACUAAAGAUUAAAAUGGUUUUUCAGAAUUUUUUUGAUUCUUAUACUUUCUCUAUGCCUCCACCAAAGACAAGUGUGGCUACUUCCUCCACUUCCACCUCUUCAACCUCUUCCAUUUUUACUCAAAGUGGGACUCAAAGAAUGGGGAAGGUGGAUCUUAUUGAACUAAUGAAUUCAAGAUAUCAAAUGGAGAUAGGUUGUUCAUUAACCAAUGUAAACAAAAUUGAAUUGGAUAGGUAUUUAGAAGAUGCAUGUGAACCUCAUGAUUCUAACUUUGAGAUUUUACUAUGGUGGAAAGAUCAAACAAAAAAGUAUCAGAUUCUUUAA